AGUGGAAGAUCCAAUUUAAAUCCCAGCACUUAUUCAAACGCGGACGAUAAACAUACCAGUAACAGCAUGCAGACGACUUAGCGUAGGUAAAAAAAAAAACAUGACAGGGACAAGAUCCGUUGUGGUUGUGUUGGUGUUAUGGCAGAUUCUCAGUCCAACCCAGGGAAAUUCCCGAGACCUUCUGGACGAAAUGUUACAGGAGGGAGAGGCUGGGAACAUGGAGGGGAUGUUUGAUAAAGUCGGGGAUAUGUUGGGAGAACUGGUGGACUCCUUGGAUUCUAUCAGCAGUCCCUGCUCAUUCAGUUGUCCAAACGGUGUGGAACCAAAAAAGCGAAAAGACCACAUUCGAUCAAGCAAUGGCUGCGGAACAUUCGGCAUGGAGAUUGACACCUCCUCUGUUCCAUUGAUGACGACAUGCUGUGAUGAACACGAUUUCUGUUACGACACUUGUAAUUCAGACAAGAAUAAGUGUGAUGACGACUUCAAGACGUGUCUGCUUGAUAUGUGUGAAAAGAUGAAGAAGAAACUAGACAAUGAGGAGCAUGAAGGUUGUAAAGCAACAGCAGAGUUGAUGUUUACAGGAACAACUAUGUUGGGCUGCAAUGCUUUCAAAGAAUCUCAGCAGAAGGCAUGCGACUGUGGCGGUAUUGACUAUGAACCAAACGAAGACAAAAUGCACGUGAACACGGGAAGGUCAUCCUUGACCCAUGAACGGAAAAUCAUAAACGCUGAACCCAUUCCUGGAACAGAAAACAUCAGUGCAAAAAAGCCAUCCAAACCUAAAGCAUUCACAGAUUCAGAUGCUACUUUGAAAGCCACCAAGUUAAAAACAGAGACAACUCACCAACACGAUGAUUUAUGAAAGAUGUUUUUUUUUCAAUUUUAUCUUGAAUACCAAUAAUAGUAUCCGUAGGAAGUCUGUUUCAAGUCCCACGCGUAUUUUCAGCUGUGUAACUUGGAGGACAACCAACUAUCUUUACAUUUAUGCGUGAUACCCAAUUCUUACAUGGAAGAUCUUCUAAAGUGUUGAGAGCAUUGUACACAGUCCUAUUAUAUUAUUGUAUUAGAUAUGAUGACAUGAUAUACAUUCCUUAGCCUUCCAGUAGUGGGACCUGGUAGCUUAACGUAGUUGGGGUUCCAUUCGGUGUCUUCCUGAAGGUCAUAUUCCGAACAAAGAAAGGUAAUUUCAAUAUUCGAUCUGUAAUCACUUGCGAGAUAGAAUAUUUAUAUAAUUUAUAUAAAUGAAUAAACUAUCUCAAUCCUGCUUUCGAUGAUAUUGCGAUCAACAUAUACAGAAUGUUAAAUACAUAGGGAGGGGGUAUUCUUCGUGGUUUUUCUUCUUUAUUUCAAUUUGUCUAUUUUGUAGGCGUCUACAAUAUAGAAAUUGUGUUCAAAAUAAACAUAAGUACUUGACGCUACUGUUUCCGUCCAUUUGUACCUCCAUCCGCUCACAGGAACUAAAAUUUAUGUUCUUGGGUGUCUCUUAGUUGUUCUCGUUACUUUUAUGUAAUCUAUUUUACAAUUCACCUAUUUUGUUUUGUGGUUUUAUAUUACAUACAUGUACAUGAAUAAACAAUUUUUAAAAACUAUAAA